GGCAGUGUAGACACAGAUAGGAAGGAUCCCCUUGUGCAGAGAGCCAAAGGGAAGAGAAAGAGAGAUUGUGGAAGUAUUUAUAUGGACAAGAGAAAACCCACAGACCGAGAGGGAGAAAGAUCCAAUCUCUAACUGCAGUGCUUUCUCUGGAGUGGGGCCGGCUGCCCUGUUUGCGCACCUGGGGAGGAGGGGAGCCAGCCCAGGGCUCAGUAACUAGUCCAGAGACACAGUCUGCAGAGGGAGAAAGCAAUCCUCUGCCUGGAGUGCUGUGGGAAGAAGUUAUAUAACCGGCCAAAGGAGUGGCACUUCCCCGAAACCGGGUGAAGGGAGUAGGAACCUUAAAGACAUCAGGGUUUAAGUCCCAACUGAGUCCCAGGGAGGCGCAGGAGUCAGCGGAGAGGGACAAACUGCCUCGUUCAGGCCCACUGCACUGUGAGGACAGCCUGAACAGAAUGGUUUGGGACAGCCGGUCCUUGGAGGAGAGACUGGGGUGUCACUUUUCUCCCUAUCACCAACAAGUUUCAAAAUAAAAGAGAGUUCUCCUUCAUUAAAACGGGGACAUAAAAAAAGAACAUGGAAGGAAGUGGGGGCAAGUGAAAAACUCCAGAGCCUCAGUGACUUUCAGUCACAACUCCCAAAGCAAUAAAAAGAAUUUUCCUAGGAAUUCUUAGAGGACAUAUUAGAAGGGCUGAAGGGAAAAGACUGCAGAAAACAUCUUCCCAUCUUUCUUGGUACCAUAUGCCAACAACCAAACAAAUGGAGAAAAAAAAUCAUUCCAUGGUGUCUGAGUUUAUUUUGCUGGGCCUCACAGAGUUUCGUGAGUUACAGCUUUGCUUAUUUUUGUUUUUUUCCAUUAUCUAUGUAGUCACUGUGUUAGGUAACCUCAUGAUUAUCUUUGUAGUAAAACUGGACCCUCAAUUACACUCUCCCAUGUACUUCCUGCUGGCCAACCUCUCCUUUAUUGAUAUGUCCCUGGCCUCCUUUGCUACUCCUAAAAUGAUCUGUAACCUAAUUAGUGAAUAUAAGGCUAUCUCCUAUAAAGGCUGCAUGGCCCAGAUCUUCUUCCUUCACCUUUUAGGUGGAAGUGAGAUGAUGUUGCUUGUAGCCAUGGCAAUUGAUAGAUUCAUUGCUAUUUGCAAACCUCUCCAUUACAAAAAUAUCAUGAACCAUCAUGUUUGCAUUGGACUUGCACUUUUUUCCUGGACCACUGGUUUUGUACACACUAUGAGCCAAAUGGUGUUCACAGUGACUUUACCAUUCUGUGGUCCCAAUGUUGUGGAUAGUUUUUUUUGUGAUCUGCCUCGGGUCAUCAGACUUGCCUGCACUGACACUUACAUCCUGGAGCUAUUGGUCAUUGCAUUCAGUGGACUACUCGCUUUGUUCUGUUUCACCUUUCUGUUCAUCUCCUAUAGCAUCAUUCUAAUUACUGUCUGGCGUCGCUCCUCCACCAGGUCUUCCAAGGCUUUGUCCACUCUCUCAACCCACAUUACAGUGGUGGUGCUGUUCUUUGGACCUUGCAUCUUUAUCUACAUAUGGCCAUUCAGCAAGAUCUCCAUAGAUAAGAUCCUUUCUGUGUUUUACACCAUUUUUACUCCCCUUUUAAAUCCAAUCAUCUACACAUUCAGGAAUAAAGACAUGAGAAAAGCAAUAAGAAAAAUAAAGAAGAAGCAUGUGAGUCCCAGAUCGACCUUUUAA